CCAGAUCACGUACGUAAAUAUUACAAACGCAAUAAUAUUUUGUAUUUCACAUUUGAUUUAAUUAAUUUCAGUCAGUGUUAAAAGUAUCAGGAAUUUUAUAAUUACUGCAAAAUGUUGUAAUUUACAUUCAGUUUCGCCACAAGGGUUGGCAUGGUCAAACGUUGCGGCGGACGUGUAGUUCAACUUUAUUCUUGUUCUAGGUAGCGCCUCUGUUGAUUAUUAAGUUUCGCAGAUAGUCCUGCCAUACUCCUAAAUUGAAUUGUCAAUUGUGAACUUUUUUGCUGACGAAAAAUAUCACUACUCUACUUGAUGCUUUGACGCCGUCUCAAAUAAACAAGAUGACAACGUUUCUAACUCGACAGAUCGUCAUGAACAUGCUCAGAGUUGGUGGUGGAGAGGCUAAACCACUCAUGGCCCUUUUCACAACCCCUCUGCGGCACCAAUUACGGAAAAGGUGCUGCAAUAACAAUAAUAGUCUUUCGAACGCCAGACUAAAUUCGACAUCUCCACUCCCACCAACUCCAACUCCAUCAUCAGCCGGUGGUACUGGAAGUGACGGGGCUCCAGCAAAGUUAUCCUUAUUUGCGAGAUUCAAGCAAAUGUAUAAAGAUUAUUAUUACGUCUUGAUUCCUGUGCAUAUAGUCACCUCGAUCGCCUGGUUUGGGGGGUUUUACCAAACUUCGAAGAGUGGAGUGGAUAUUGGGAAAUAUAUGAAGAAAAUAGGCCUGCCCGAACAUAUGGUGGAUAAGGUGACUGAAUCAGGAAUGGGACAUGUUGCUGUGGCAUAUGCAUUAUAUAAAAUUGCCACGCCUGCCAGAUACACCGUUACUCUAGGUGGGACAACAUGGACGAUUAAUAGACUGCUCCGAAUGGGAUACAUAAAACCUGCAAAGGAAAUAAUAUCAAAGGGAAAAGAACGAUUCCGCAUCCAAGGAAAACCUUAGUUGUAAAACCUAUAUAAAUAAUGAUAAGUACAUGCCUAUAUACUUACACUACUACAAACCAUUUAGUCAUGAGAAUGAGUUGUUAUAUUAUUUCAAAUUAUGUUAUUAGACUUGAAUGCAUAAAAUUUAUAGUGCUGAAUUGACAUCUA